GUGUGAAUAGUAAUAAUUUUUUUUUGAAAGGGAGUAAAAAAACAUGGGGAGUACUGAAGACCUAUUUACGCCUUUCCAUUCUGGGAUCUUCCUUCUUCUUCCCCAAACGAGAUCUCAGGCGAUCGUAUCCCCUCCUCCGAUCGUCGCUCUUCUCGAGACCCACCCAGCAUCGCCCCCAGAAAAAAUCGGCAGCCUGUUGUAGAAACAAUUAAGAGAAGCGAUGCACUUCAUGUAUUCAGUUGCGAUAGCUUGGGCUGUUGCAAUGUGGGGCAGGGCCAUUUACCUAAAAACAAUUUGCUCUGCUGCAGCCUCCGGCUGCUCGCCGAACGAUCCUUCUCCAUCUCCCACGAUCGCUGGCGAUGAACGCGCGGGCACCGUCACCGAUGCAUCAGAGAAUGAAGAAGCCUCCGGCGAUUCCGAUGAAGACUACUCUGAUUCUGAUAUUAAAGAGUCGCCAAUCAAGGAUGCACUGCAGCAAAUUGUUCCAUCCAGAUCCAAUUUGGCUGGAAAUGCCGACUGUACCACCCUUUACGUCUUUGGCUUGAUAGGCCGAGAUCGUGUCUCUGGUAGAAUGCGUUGCAAUUGCCACGUGGUCUAUAUAAAAGAAGACUUCACUCUUGAGCUUGCGAAUGAUGCGCUUCCUGUGCUAGAGAUGCUUGAUCCUGUUUCGAAUUUUAUGACGGCGAUCCUUGGCACCAUCUUAUUUGUCGCCGGUGGUUGGUGGCCGAAGGGUCGUUCUCUUGACCCCCGUGCUGCAGCUUCUAGAUGGGUUUAUAGCAUCGACACACAUAACCCAGGAGAUGGGUGGCAGAGGAGUACUUUCCUCACACCCCGACUUUGCCCUCGCCUUGUCGUGUCCGGGGGCUCACUUUAUGCUUUUGGAUACGGUGGGGAGCCCGAGGAAUAUGGGGAGAAGAGUAGCCAUCACAAUUGGGCAGAGGUGUAUGAUGGCGAAAGAAGGGAAUGGAGUUAUGUGAAGGUGAACUAUGAUUCGAGUACAUGUGCACUACCCAGUGAUGUGUUCGGAGAUGUUAUGGAUGCGGAAGGGAAUCUUUUCUUAUUUGGGUGGAAGGGCAUUGUGAUGUGUCGCUAUGUCAGUCGUGGUGAAUGCAACAUCACACUCCUUCAGACAUGUAAUAAGAUCAUGCACCAGCCAACACUCAUUGGCCGUUGUGUAUAUACACUUGGUGCUUCACCAACUGUUGUUUAUUGCCAUGACGUUAAAACACUGACGUGCUAUUCCGUUGACUUGGGCAAACAUUUUGAUCUCGGCGAAAGAUCCAUAGAAGAGCUCUUAUAUUUCUCAUUCAGGUGUGUAAGUGGUUGCAAUCUCAUUCCUGUAGCUGAUGAUGGGUUGUAUGCGAUCGAACUCUAUGGGCGCUUUAAUAUUCUCACUUCAAAGGAUUGCAGUUACUCCCUCUGUUGCAAGAAAUACAUCUUUCAAGGACCUUCUGUUCAGAUUUCGAAAUCCACACUUCUCCCUGACGUUAAAUUCUCCUCCAUUAGGAAAUGCAUGAUUGUCCGUAAAGAUGGUCGUUUUGCUGUAGCUUGAUAAACAAGAUUGGGAGCCCCCCCUUUUUUUUGUGAUGCUAUGGUGCUGCUUUGAAAGCAAAGCUGGUGAAGAGGAUAAGAGGGAUUUGAUGUCUUUGGGUAAGCACCGUAGCAGUGCCAACUUUUUUGCUCAUUGUGUCCAAACAUUAGUAAAACACAAAGCUAUUGGGAAUUGUAUUCAUCGAAACUUCACGGGUAGUCCCGAAUUAGAUGAUAUCAAAUUCAUUAAGGGUCUGUUUGGUAUACGGAAUUGACGGAAUUGGAAUUGAAUUGGAAUUGAAAUUCCAUGGGAUUCAAUUCCAUAGAAUUGGAUUCUGCCAAUUCCAAUUCAUUUUUUGCACUAUCAAUUCCAAAUCCACAUAAUUUUUGUGCUAUCAAACACCACAAUUGAAAUUGAAGUCUUCAAUUCCAAUUCCAUAAUUUAAAUUCCGUGUACCAAACGGGGCCUUAGUGCAAUUGGAAAUUAGCUUUUGUCAUGUCUUUGUCUAUAAGAGUAAAAUUAUUUAAGCCAAACUUUAUAGAACACGUUAGUGUUGCAUACAGAGAGGAUAAGUUAAUGAAAUAUUUGUGACAAA